GAACUAGUUAUAUUUUUAAACCCAACUUCAUCGUACUUAGAGAACGGAGGAACGAUUGAGAUUCCGCAUCCACUAGAUUCACUUUAUCAAGAGGUGGAGCUUGCCAUGGUGAUCGGGAAGAAGGUUAGAGAUGUUCCCGAGUCAACCGCCAUGGAUUACGUUGGAGGUAGUACUGUUUUCAUUCUCUGA